CGGAGAGGAAAGUCGGCUGGCGUCGGGAUUGGCAGAUGCCUAGAAGGCGAUGCCAGCACAGUUUACAGUCAUCAGUCCCGCACACGUGCCCGGACGGACACGUUGCGCGGAGCUGGAGGUCCGUACAGGCCCAGAAAGGCAAGAAUGCCUCCAUCGACUUUGCCCGUCCGGUCGCUGCGUGCAACGUGUUUCCGCUUCCAGUCCUCUGCGUCCUCCCAUCCUCAGGGCAGCACCAGAGAUGAAGUAAUGAUACGACGGUAAGCGGGCGAAGCCCCAAACAGAAGACGACUGACGUCGCCUCUUCGGGAAGCCCGCGCGAUCUUACGGCUGAAAAUUGUGGGAGCGCACCGUCCCUCUGAGCUCUCUCGGCUGUUAUCGGGCCCAUCUCCGGUGCAGAUGCCCGGAUCCCACUCGGUGCGCCUACAGAAGUGGGAUGCCAGGUGGGCCAAAUCACGCUGGAAUGCAAUCACGCGUCGCGAGAAGCGCCGCCGCUCCGUCCAGGUUAUUGCCCCCGCCCGUUGUGUUCUCUUGAUGACCAAAGCCCAACCUUCAGACUCCUGACUUAUCAGGUUAGAUGCUGGGCGCAGCCAUUAGAAGGACUUCCCGCACCGCAGACCCUGUCCGUGCACCUCGCAACAAACAAGGUUGCCUGGAUCGGGCGCUGUGCUCCCAAGGCUCUAGCGCACUGCAGAGGACGCCAGCGAGCGACGUUACGACGGAGCGGCUGAAGAGUGGGAGUACCGCUACUUAAUGGAGAGUGCAGAAGUUUCAGCGGACAGUCAC